CUCACCUUCGUUUCUCCCGUGCUCAUGGCGCGACAACCACUUCUCGUCCGGUGUCUGCCGGCGAGAAUGGCCGCGCCGGGCCUCUGUGUGCUCUUCUCUCUCGUGCUCAUGGCGCGAACACCACGUCUCGUCCGGUGGUUGCCGGCGAGAGUGGCCGCGCCGGGCCUCUGUCUGCUCUCUCCUCUGCCGUCGUGCCGGUUGGCACGAUGGCUUCUCGCUGCUCUUCUCUUUCUCCACCAGCACAGGGUGGGGCCGGGUUUCCGGCUCCAUCCGUGCUGGUGGUUAUUCCCAACGGCGCCAGGCUGGUCACUCCCCACGGCGUCAGCCUGGUGCCGCUGCCCCCCUACCGCUCCGACAGGAGGGCGGCCGCCCGUGAGCGCAGCCCCCCACCCCAGCUGCCGCAACAAGCGCCCUCUGUGCUGGUCGUCACUUGCCACGGAGUCAGGCUCGUGACUCCACACGGCGUCACGCUGGGGAGGCUGCCCCCCCGCCAUGCCGAGACGAGGGCGGCUCGUCGCCCGCCCAACCCUCCGCCCCAGCCGCAAGACCCCGCCUUCCUGCCCUUCGGGGACGGCCAGCGUCUCCAGCGCGUGCCGCCGCUGAGGGGGGAUGAGGGAUUCUUGGGAGACACGGCCAGCUCCCGCGCCAAGCGCCGACAGCGGGCUCCCCCCUCAAGCCCUCGCCCUCCCCGCCAAGCCCGCCGUCCUCCCCGUCCUCGCGCUGCAGAAGCAGCUGCCGUUGCUGCUGCCGCCACAGGAGAGGCAUCGGCGGCCCAGCCGGCCUCAGCAGCACCAGCGCCAUCAGCGCCACCAGCCCCACCAGCGCGCGAGGAGCGGCAGGAGGCACCAACACCACCAACACCAACACCACCACGAGGCCCCCCCUCACACCCCUGCACCCCCGCCACGCCCAUCGACCAGCCACCAGCUGCAGCAGUCGGGCAGCCGUCAGCGGAGCUCCUCAAUGCCAUGACCGAGGGCCUGGUAAGUAGCAAUACACAAUUGAGAGAGAGACAGCAGACUCAGAGAGUACUUGUGGGUGAUGUGUGUCUUUUAUGUGUGCAGCUGGCGGAGAGGGCGGCCAGGCGUGAGGCCCUUCUGCGGCGGCCGUUUCUCUUCACGGGGCCUCACGCCCCGGGCACGCCGCAGAGUGAGAGGGAGGAGGAGGACGGGCUGUGGGUCCGGACCCCAGGGAGAUGA